AUGGCUGGAGAGCAGGAAAAAAGGUCUCGCGAUCACUCACCAUUUGUGGUGCAUCAUCAGGACGUUGGUAAUGGGAAUCAUGAAUCCGUAGAAGAGGCAGUUUUCAAGUAUGUUGGUGUGGGAUUGCAACAUGAUGAUGAUCAUAAGGGGAAGAAAUCUGGAGAGGUCCAUGAUGGUGGCAGCAAAGGUCCAGCUGACAUGGAAUGGUUGUUCAGACAUGCGCAAGGUGUAGAUGAUGAAACCGGACAGGAUAGUAGUUCGGCUCGAGAACGUCAAUCAGUUGCUUUGGCAGCAGUUGCGGCUGCUUAUGCGUCUGGUGGAGGUGGUUUAGGCAAGAGAGGGCUUGAGAAAGUGGAUGAUGAUGAUGAGAAUAUUGCCCGAGGUGCUUUAAAGAGAGCUAGAAAAGCCAAGGAGGAGAAAGCUAAAUUACAGUUAGCUGUUGAUCCUGAGUUGGCUACUUUAGAUGACUCUGGCGUGUCUGAACACGAUCAGUUGGUUCGUAAAGCUAUUAUUGAUACGGAUUCGAUCGCUCAGCAUCCCGAUUUCCAGCAGUAUCUGAACACAGAGGUCCAUGGGCAUAAGCUGAAGGGUUCGCAGAAGUUGAGAGACAAGUCUGAUGACUCUGACGGCGAGGGGAAGGGACUCGAAGAUGUCGACCCCUCGGUGGUAGCCGCAAGUGCCGCAAAUCACGAUGAUGAGCUUGGUGAUGUCACUAAGCAGUAUUCUGAGCUGCAAAAGGAGUCUGCAAUCGAUGGGCCAGUGACUAAGUCGUUGCAAAAAAAGGAUUACCGUGAAGUUUUGCCAAAGGUGAUGUCCUCGUCUCAGAUAUCAGUUGAUACAGAUGUUUCACAUUUGAUUAGUUCAGCUGCUUCAAAGGCAUCUGCGAUUAUCGGUACCACUACUCAGUCUAGUGGUAAAUCCUUUGAUAGUGCUGAGGAAGCUGCGUUGGAACAGUUUAUUACGGAGUAUCAAACGAUUAAGAAUUUGGAUAGACAACAAAUUUGUGAACGUAUUUGGAGUAACGAACGUCGUAAGGAUGAUUUUUGGAGCAAUAUGUGCAAAGUUUUACCUUACAGGUCAAGAUCGUCCAUCUACAAACACGUUCGGCGUAAAUACCACAUCUUCGAACAACGUGGUAAAUGGACACCUCAGGAAGAUCAGGAGCUGGCAAGGUUGUGCGUUGAGAAGGAGGGACAAUGGUCAGAAGUCGGGAAAGCGAUGGGGAGAAUGCCCGAAGAUUGCAGAGAUCGUUGGAGAAACUACGUCAAGUGUGGCUCCAGCAGAGCUUCUAACAAGUGGGCUCCCGAUGAAGAAGAACUCCUGAAGAGAGUCAUUGCAGAGAUGUUGGAAGAAGCCGAAAGAAACUAUUUGGCACGUAACUCUAAUGAACUGGUCCACGAUAGUGACGGUGAGAAUGAGAGUGGCGAAGACAACAAGAGUGAUGUUCUCCACGGUGGUAAGGAUCGUAAACUUCAAAAUAAACCUUCUUUCAAGGAUGCCAUUAAUUGGACCAUUGUUAGUGAACGUAUGGGUGGAACCAGAUCACGUAUUCAAUGUCGUUACAAAUGGAACAAACUUGUUAAGAAGGAGGCCAUAGCCAAGAUUCAAUCGAUUGGAGAAGGCGAUAAGCGGUGGAUCCUAGAGAAAUUAAGAGAUUUAGGUUUCACCGAGGAUUCUCAAGUGGAUUGGGAAGAAUUAGCCGCAUUGAAACCAGGUGUAAAAUGGACAGGUACUGAAUUGAAACUCUGCUACGAGAGAAUGAGAAGUGGUAUCAGAUAUUACAAGCAAAAAUCGAUAAACGAAAUCUCCAAAGAACUAUUAGGUUUAUUAGAUGGUUCAAUUCCACUAGAUUCCAAAGGUAAUUAA